GAACUUGAACGUAUCCCGAUCGAUUAAAACAGACACACAGAAAAAGUAUUGACAGACAAUGUUUCGCUCCGCUUACCAGAAGGGCUUCCUCACUGUACUCUACAGCGUGGGUAGCUCACCGCUGAACAAUUGGUCCUCCUAUACCAAAAACGGCUACAUCAAACGCAUUUACGAUGAGGAUAUCAAGUCCCUGGUGCUGGAGAUUAUGGGCUCGAAUGUGUCCACAACAUUUAUACACUGCCCCAGUGAGUGCAAAGAGCAGCUGGGCAUAAAGCUUCCCUUUUUGGUGCUUUUGAUCAAGAAUAUGCACAAGUAUUUCUGCUUCGAAGUCAAGAUACAAGAUGACCAACGCUUUAUGCGUCGCUUCCGAGUGUCCAACUUUCAGAGCAAGACGUCCGUGAAGCCCUUUUGCACGGCAAUGCCCAUGGGAAUGUCCCCUGGUUGGAAUCAGAUCCAGUUCAACCUGGCCGACUUUACGCGCCGUGCUUACGGGUCAAACUACCUGGAGACCGUUUCGCUGCAACUGCAUGCCAACGUUCGGAUCAGACGCAUCUACUUUGCCGACAAACUCUACACGGAGGCGGAACUUCCCAAUGAAUACCGCCUUAUGGGCAAGCCCAAGGACCUCAAAAAACCGGAGAAACAGUUCAAGGUCCAAGCCACUGCUCGUCCACCAUCUCCGCUGAAUACGGCCCGCGGCGAGGGCGGUCCUGCCAAGUCCGAGCCAGAGCCCACUGCGAGCGCGCCUAGUGCGCCCAGCGAGCCAGAGCCAGUGCCACAGAAGGCGCCAUCGCCGCCAGCCUCAGCUCCCUCGGAGCCCGCUGCAGAAGAGCCGCCUCCGCAAACGGACGCCCCCACCGAGGAGGUGGCCUACUAAUUUGGCUUCCUGGUGUUAAUAUAUAUUUUUUUUGUUAAACUUUCAAUUAGUUGACAGAGCCUCGGAUGCGAAGUGGAGGAGUACUCUUAAAUUUGCAGUCAUACUGAAUAAUGCUUGAUUUUAGCCCACUUGGACUUUA